GUCUUUAGGCAAGUAAUUCAUGGUUGUUUUGAUUUAGUUGUACUAGACAGAACCGAAAGAGGUGUACUCUGAUCUUAUAGGACAGAGAUACAGCUCUAAUACUUCGUGUAUGGGAAAUAUAGUGAGGCGGGUCAUUAAUGACUUGGCUUCUAUUUUGCUAAGUGGUUUGGUAGACAGUUUGAAUUUAGGAAGGGCACUUUUGUGGUCGGAAGUCGGGCAAUGUUCAGUAGAGGGGCAAAUAAAUGAUUGUUGAUUAUGUUUUGCUCCUCCAUAUUUAUUGAGUUUCAGAUAAUUUUAGUUCUGAUCCAUAUUAUGCAUGCAGGUGCUUUGAAGCUUAAAAACAAGGCGUCCUUUUCAUAUCGAUUGAUACCACUGAAACUCCCUGAAGGAGGAGUAAAUGUUUGUCCUUUGAAAUAUAAUGAAUAUAUCCCAUGUCAUGACACGUCUUACAUUAAAGAGCUAAUGCCAAAACUAGAUCUGUCAAGGAAAGAAGAGCUGGAGAGGCAUUGUCCUCCACUUGAGAGGCGUUUGUUUUGUUCGGUGCCACCUCCAAAGGAUUAUAAGAUACCAAUAAGGUGGCCUAUUAGCAGGGACUAUGUGUGGCGGAGCAAUGUGAACCAUACACGUCUUGCGGAGGUAAAAGGUGGACAAAAUUGGGUGCACGAGAAGGAUCAACUUUGGUGGUUUCCAGGCGGUGGAACUCAUUUCAAGCAUGGGGCUUCUGAGUAUAUUGAGAGGUUAGGAAAUAUGACAACUAAUAAGAGAGGUGACUUACGAUCUGCAGGGGUAUUUCAAGUGCUUGAUGUAGGUUGUGGAGUUGCCAGUUUCUCUGCCUAUCUUCUUCCUUUAAGUAUAGCAACAAUGCCCAUUGCUCCAAAAGAUGGUCACGAGAACCAAAUUCAGUUUUCUUCGGAACGAGUUAUUGGUGCUACAAUAUCUGCUUUAGCAACAAAGCAGUUGCCAUAUCCUAGCAACUCUUUUGAGAUGGUGCAUUGUUCCAGAUGUCGAGUGGAUUGACAUGAAAUUGGUGUUGCUGCAGAUGGUAUUCUGCUCAAAGAAGUGAACCGCCUAUUAAGAUCAGAUGGAUACUUUG